UUUAUUUAAUUGUUUUUAUUUUUAAUUAAAGAGGUACUUUAAUUGGUUGUUAUGAAUCAUUUGAAAAUACUGAUCGGUAAAUAUGUUGCUCAAUAGCAACUCAUUGAAAUUAUAGAUGUCGCCAUAGUAGUAAUUUAUGGUGGCCAUGUGGAUACAUAAUUUUUUGAAUUGAAUAUUACGAUUUUUUGCUUAUUUUUGUCAACAAUCGAGAAGAUGGGGGAGCAGAAGAAGCCCCAGUUUGUGGAUUUGGUUCGGACGAUCAGUGACGGUGAGGAGAUUGAGGAUUUUUCAGAAGAAUCCGAUGCCGAAGUUGAGUUCCAGCCCACGAAACAGAAAAAUAAACGAAAAGUGGACUUCGAUACUGACUUCCAGUUUGUGAGUUCAGUCGAAGAGUACAAUAAAGAUUCGUGGAACGAUUUAACAAAAUACGUGAAACGGAAAGCAAAAACAAAAACUGACGAUAAAAUCAAGAAAGUGCUUCAAGCCGUGGAGGCCCCCCACGACGACUCCGACGUCUCUCUUUCCGACAGCGAGUUAAAACACGACAAAAUCAAGGAAAAAGAAAAGAAGCGGAAGAAYGUCGAGGAAUUUUUCGAGAGCGUUGAUUUGGACACUGACCACGCCAGUUUCUACCAAAUGAAUUUAUCCCGUCCUUUGCUUAAAGCCAUCGGCGAGAUGAAAUUCGUCCACCCGACCCCAAUUCAGGCCUCCACAAUUCCCGUGGCGCUGCUGGGGCGCGACAUUUGCGGUUGCGCUGCCACAGGCACCGGCAAAACCGCCGCCUACAUGCUGCCGACCCUCGAGCGACUCUUGUACCGGCCGGCGGGGGGCACCCCUGUGACGCGCGUGCUGGUGUUGGUCCCCACCCGCGAACUGGGGGUGCAGGUGUACCAAGUCACUAGACAGUUGUCGCAGUUCACGGAUAUCCAGAUCGGCUUGGCCGUGGGCGGUUUGGACUUGAAGGCCCAAGAGACCAUCUUGCGCAAAAACCCCGAUGUUGUGAUCGCGACCCCCGGCCGCCUCAUCGACCACCUCAAAGGCACCCCCACGUUCGGCUUGGACUCGAUCGAAGUCCUGAUUUUGGACGAGGCCGACCGCAUGCUGGACGAGUACUUCGCCGAGCAGAUGAAGGAAAUCAUCAAACAGUGUUCGAGGACGCGCCAAACGAUGCUUUUCUCGGCCACGAUGACCGAGGAGGUGGAGAGUUUGGCGGCGGUUAGUUUGGUUAAACCGGUUCGGUUAUUCGUUGAUAGUAACCGGGAGGUGGCGUUCGGGCUCCGCCAGGAGUUCCUUCGGAUCCGGAAAGACCGCGAGGGGGACCGCGAGGCCAUCCUCGCGGCGCUUGUGUGUCGCACAUUCCGCGAGCAUUGCAUGGUUUUCGUCCAAACCAAGAGACAGGCCCAUCGAUUGCACAUUUUGCUGGGGCUGUUGGGGCUCAAAGUCGGGGAAUUGCACGGGAAUUUGACCCAGCCGCAGCGUCUAGACGCCUUGCAGAAGUUCAAGGACAAACAGGUCGAUAUUCUAGUGGCCACUGACGUGGCCGCCCGAGGGUUGGAUAUACAGGGUGUUCAAACUGUGAUCAACUUUGUGAUGCCGGUCACCGUCGAGCAUUACAUUCACAGGGUGGGGCGCACGGCGCGAGCGGGGCGCGCGGGGGUCUCGGUGAGUCUAGCUGGGGAACAAGAACGGAAAAUUGUCAAAGAUGUGGUGAAAAAAGCGAAAAAUCCCGUCAAAAGUCGGGUGAUCCCCCCGGAUAUUCUAGAGAAAUACAAGAACAAAUUGGAGAAACUUGAGCCUCAAAUCGCGCUGAUUUUGCAAGAGGAGUAUGAGGAGAGACAGUUGGCAAAAGUGGAAAAUCAGGUGAAUAAGGCCGAGAGAUUGCUCAAGGGGGAGAAAAAUCCGGCGAGGCCUUGGUUCCAAACGAAGAAACAAAGAGGGGAGGAGAAAGAACGACUCAGUUUGAAGAAUACCCCGAAAAAGACUGACAAAGGCAAGAAGAAGAAUAAAAAAGGGGCGAAAGAGACCCCCGAAGAACGUGUCCAAAGUGAAGUGGACAAAGUUGCUCUGCUUCAAGCCAAAUUAGCGAAAAAGAAGCAAAAAUUGAAGAAGAUUAACGCCGUUGUGGAGAGCGAAGUGGGUCGAAAAGGUGGCGUUAAACGGAAGAAGACGAACUUUGGCGAUGAUCUGUGGAACACGAAAAAUGCGAAAAAGUUGCGACACGAAGCGAAGAAAGGGAAACAAAAAGGGAAAGUGUUCGGAAGGCCGCAACAGAAGAAACGACGUUGAACUGUGGAAUAAAAGGCUUUGUAUUGUUGAAAUAUUUAUUUUAAACUGGAAUUAUAAAAUAAGAACGAAAAUAAAAAAAUAAUAAAGGAAGGUGGUGUUGUGUGUGUGUGCAAAAUAAAAACGAAUAGGAUAUAAAUAUUAAGAUAUUUCUAUUUAACAAUGCAUAGUUUAUAAUCAUCAACCUUUCCACAAAUCUACAAUUAAGAACAU